UUGCCUUUAUACCCUUCAGCUGGAGAAGAUGUGCGGACUAAACACAGCAUUAUGCUUUUAUAACGAAUCCGGCAGUGUGAACCAGUUGGGAGGCACCUUUAUGAACGGCAGACCUCUCCCUGAACUUAAACGACGAAAAAUGAUAGAACUCGCCUCUGAGGGAGUGCGCCCAAGUCAGAUUUCCAGAAUAUUGCGGGUUUCUAACGGCUGUGUGAGCAAGAUUCUAAGCCGCUAUCGCCGCACGGGACUGCUGGAACCCAAGACCAUUGGUGGAAGUAGACCGCGGCUUCUCACUCCCAGGGUCAUCCAUACCAUUGUCCAGUGCAAACGCGAGAACCCCAGUAUCUUUGCCUGGGAAAUACGGAGACGGCUUACUGCAGAGCAGACCCUUAAGGGCCCUAAAGUUCCCAGCGUUUCCUCCAUCAAUCGCAUUUUAAGAAAGAUCCACAUAGACCACGGUCCAUUGUGUUUGGAAGUCAAUCCGCAUGUUUUAGCUGAUCAUGUUAUUACGGAGGAGGCGACUCUAAAAGAUAAUGAAGAAGUUGGCACAGAUAAGCCCCAGGAUGGUCCACACAGAAACCGCACCACCUUCACUUCAGAGCAGGCCAAAGCUCUUGAACAAGAGUUCUCUAUUUGUCAUUAUGCUGAUAUGUAUACAAGGGAAAAACUUUCAGCAAUGAUUCAACUUCCAGAGGACGUUAUCAAGGUGUGGUUUUCUAACAGAAGGGCCAAAUGGAGGAAAGAGCAUAUGCAAAAUGACACAAAGGCUGUAGCCAAUCAACAGGAUUAUUCACCACUUCAUCAAAGUGUUCCAAGCAGUGUUGCCUUGCAACAGGUAAGAAGUUCUGCUGUUUGUCAUGAUUCCACUGAUGCUUCCGGUCGAAACCCAGUCUGUAACCAUGUCAAAAUAUCUAUGAAUAAUGUGCAUCCACCAUCCAUUCCUAUACCUCAGCCGUACCUUCAUCAGUGUAACAAUGAAAUGGUUCAGAAUACAGAGAAUCCCCAUCUGGCUCUGCUCGGGUCUGGACACAUGGACACAAGGCCAUAUCUCACUUUGGCAGCAGACACAAUGAAAGGGGAUUACAGCCCACUGACAGAUACUUGGAGCCAACAGAGUCCUCCUUUUACAUGGAGCCAAACAUAUGAGAGGAGUUUUUACUCACAACCUUGGGAGGUCAGCGCACAUCAAUACAUGGGCGGCCCAUAGGCUAUAGGGUGGACACUAAGCCACAUGUUUAUGUACAUCUAUGCUAUACGUAGCCUUAUUUAUUUUGUAUUACUAUACAACGACUAUGGCAGACAAACAAUGAGCUGAAACUGACCAGACCAAAUAUUAGGCUACUGGCUAGACAGCUAUGUUGGACCACUGGUGAACAGUAUACGCGUAAAUAUGUUAGGGUGCAUUAUGCAUUUUAUUGGUAUUUUAGACUUUUGCUUUUUGGUCUCAUAACAAGCAGAACAAGCAGGUGUUUCGAACACAUCGCAGAAUGACCGCAAGCAUAGACUGGUGUGGCCAUAACAUUAGCGUGAGAGAAUAUUUCUGAGGCUGCAGGGACAGACAUUAACCACUAGAGGGAGG